GGAGUGGUGGCGCUGCCAUGUCUGAACCAACCCCUGACAACUCGGAGGAAGACAUAAUCACCAAAGAAAUGGGCACCUCUGAAAUUGAGCCCUCUGAUACGGAGAUGGCGGAAGCAGGGCCCUCCAAUCCAGACCCGUGUGAUGCUGAACCAAAAAAGGCAAAGCGGAAGACAGCUAAGGGCCGCCGUUGCCGUUGCCGCCGCCGCCGCCGCUGCGGUCAGGGCAAUUUCUCAAGCUUUGCUACCUAUUUCCCUAGGGUGCUGAAGCAAGUACAUACAGGCCUGAGUCUUUCCCGUGAGUCCGUGAACGUCCUGGACUCGUUUGUGAAAGAUAUGUUCGAGCGGAUUGCCGAAGAGGCCGGGCGCCUGGCCCACUGCAGCAGGCGCUGCACCAUCAUGACCGAAGACAUCCAGACAGCCGUGCGUCUUCUGUUGCCUGGGGAGCUCGGCAAGUACGCCGUGUCCGAGGCCAGCAAGGCGGUCGCCAGAUACCGCACCAGCAGAUGAACUGCCCCAGGACUGUCUGACCAUCGCAAAGCAGACUUAAGGGUUCUCCCCUUAGGCCCUACAUUUAAUCUUUAAAACAUUUCUACCCCAAAGAAAACAAUAAAAACCUCAUU